UCUGUUCCGUUUCUGAAGACGAGAAAAGGUUUAAAGUUGGCGAUGUCUCCCGAACACACACAAACCCCUGCUCCCUGUCGUUGAUCUGCGCGUCAUCGUUCCGCGAACGCCAAGGCCACCUCCCCCAGGUUUCAAUUUCCUCUCCGCUCGAGAACCUCGGCCUUUCGUCGUCAACAACAUCAUGACAGAGGAUUCUCCUCCUCCUCCUCCUCCAGGGAGGACGUUCUCUCCGCCAAAAGGCCCUCCGAGGAGGUCUUUGACGGUCGAUGAAUCGGCACAAUACAGACAUCGGCCUCCAAACAACCGCUUCUCGACAUCUCAAGAUGCGCCGGCACAAGGCAUACGACGGAGGAGUUCCAAUUUUUCGGAUUACUCGCUGAGAGAAGCGAGGAAAUCGUUUCAAUCGUCGACGGAUAAUCUGCUGCUCCCAAAGCCAAGUGCUACGGGCUUAGAGCCAAAACAUGAGUCCUCAAAUUGGGAUUCGGCGCCACUGGCGUUCGCGCUCUUGCCUGCGUUGGGAGGAAUGGUUUUUACGAAUGGGAGCUCGGUGAUCACGGAUGUCAUGCUGUUAGGACUUGCUGCUAUCUUCUUAAAUUGGUCGGUAAGAUUACCAUGGGAUUGGUAUCAUUCUGCACAGGAGAUUCGAAAGAAGGAAGAAUAUAAUGGGGAUACAUUGAUCAGCGAAGAGAGCGAGGGUGAUGAUGCUCUGAGUUUCUCGCAGGCGACCCUAGAAGAAGUUCCAGAAGACGAGCAGGCAGAGCCAGCACCGAAACCAGUACGAAGACUCCCUGCUCACGAAGCAGCUACAAAUGAGUUAUACACACACGAGAUGCUAGCAUUGCUCUCCUGUUUCCUGUUCCCGUUACUUGGAGCAUACCUCCUUCACACUAUACGAUCACAACUCAGUCGGCCCUCUGAAGGUCUCGUCUCAGAUUACAAUCUCACCAUCUUCCUCCUCGCAUCCGAACUUCGACCCAUGGCCCACUUAGUGAAGCUCAUUCAAGCACGAACCCUCCACCUCCAACGAAUAGUAAACACCAAUCCCUACGAUACCGUAUCCGGCCAAUCCACCUCCCCAGACGUCAAAGACCUCACCCGCCGCCUCGAAGAUCUCGAAGCUCGAAACUCGAUAGCUGCGACUCCUUCAACAUUAGAACCAACACUUAACGGCAAACAAUCUGCCAUAAUAACAACAGAAGUACGACGGGGCCUCCAACCAGAGCUCGAUGCGUUGAAUAGAGCAGUCAGGAGAUACGAAAAGAGAGCUACUUUACAAGCCUUCCAGACCGAUUCUCGACUCCACGAACUAGAAGCUCGACUCAACGACGCUAUCUCGCUAGCCGCCGCAGCAGCCAACACUGCGCAACACAAGAGGGGCUUUACGGGAGUGCUGAUCGAGUGGGCCGCUACGGCUGUUGUAUUACCAGUCCAAGCUGCCGGCUGGCUGAUCGGACUUCCAUUCCGGAUCACAGCGUCGAUCUUCAAUUACGGAAAAGCCAAGGUGAAAGGGAAACAAGCGGAGAAAGAUAAAGGGAGGAAGGUCAUUAAUGGGAAUGGGAGGGCGAGUUCCAAAAGUAGGGUGCAAGUGAGGAGUGGGAAGAGAAUCGCGACUUGAGUAUUUGAAUUUCGAUUGGGAGGGUGGGAAAUGGUAUACCCUGGGACCAAAAUAAGCGGGGAGUAUGGGUUUGAGGAAUUUUUCCUUCUGUUUGAGUAUGUAUCUAUGAAUGUUGAAUGAUCUUCUU